GAGGGCCCAAUCCCAAGCGCUGCCGGGCUGACGUCGCCUGCGGCUGAUGCCUCGUCGACCGCUGCUGCGCUAGCGACCGGCCGACCCAACGGCGAGCGCUACUUGGGGGAGACGGGGAGCCUCCGACGCUGUGAAGUGUGAAUUUCCUCACUCCUCCUCGCCGCGGGUUCCGACCCAGGCCCAGCCAUGGGGACGGCGGCGCCGGCGAUGAUGCCGACGGAGGACCUUGAGGCGGCCAUCGCCGAGCUCCCUGCCAAGAAGGGCGCCCUGCGCGAGGCCUUCGACAGCCUGGCCGCCUGCUCGCCCUACCCGCUCCCCUUCACCUGGGAGAACCUUGACGCCCACGUCUCCACCGUCCAAUCCUCCAUCUCGCGCCGGUUCAGCCAGCUCCGGGCGCUCGAGGCCGCGCGCCCGGCCCGCACUAGUGAGAAUAAGGAAGGGGCUAACAAAGUGGAAGAAGAAGAAGAGGAGGAGGAAGAAGAGGAGGAGGAGGAAGCGGAGGAAGAAGAGGUGGAGGAGGAAGCGGAGGAAGAGGAGGAGGAGGAGGCGGAGGAAGAAGAGGAGGAGGAAGAGGUAGAAGAAGAGGAGGAGGAGGCGGAGGAAGAGGAGGAGGAGGAGGCGGAGGAAGAAGAGGAGGAGGAAGAGGUAGAAGAAGAGGAGGAAGAGGCGGACAAGCAGAUGCAGGAGGCCGACGGCUACAUUGGCAAUGAAGCGAAGGAUGCUAAAGAGGGCGGCGUGGAUGACAAGCGGGAUGCCAACGAAGAGGCGGUGACUACCAAGGUCUCUGAGGGGCAAGGCAAAGAGGCUGAAGGUGAGGAGGAGCUUGAUGGAGAGCAGGAUACUGAACCUGAAGAGGAGAUGGUUGAAAAGAUGACCAAGAAACAGCGUAGAGGGCUUCCUGCAGGUGGUAUAAAGGAAUUUGCUGAGGCAUGUGGGAGAAUGGAUGCAGGGACACUGAUCGAGAUUGUGAUAUGUGUCAGCGUCAAUAAAAAGUUGCUGUUCGCACUGCACCUUGCCCCAGAUCCGGCGGCCCUUGUCCUUCAAGUGGUCAAGCUACUCCUAUCCAGCAAGGACUUCAAGUGCUCCAAGGUCUGGGGGAAAUGUAUCAGGUUGUUUCGCUGGUUGUCUAUGAAUUCUGUCAAACAUUCUGCAGACACAAUAGAGCAAGCCAAGCUGGUGGCAAAGGAUUGGAAGGAAAUGAUCGGCAGACCAGAGUGUUGUGGGGAACUUGACUCGCUGGCUAGGAGCCUUCUCGAGUUCCUCAUCGCAUAUAACAUUGUUUCUGAAUUCAGUAUCCAUGAGAUCAUCAGUAUUUUUGCUAUGGUCCCUCGCAAAGUUCAGAAGAAACAGAACAACACUGACAAUGUUAAGCUUUGCGAGGAGCUUGGGCUUGCAGAUAGGCCCACAGAUUUAAUUGACUAUAUGAUUGGAAAUGGGCAGCAUCUUGAAGUUUUUCAUGUGUUACAAUUUUUUAAUUUGGAGGACAAGUAUACCCCAUUUUCUCUUCUGAAGGGAUACAUUGAGAAGGCCAAGCAGACUUCUGUGGAGCUAUUUAGAAAGAAUGAAACACACAAGUCCUUGAACUUGGCUAUACCAAAGGAAAUAUGGAUUGCGCAUCAACUAGCUCAGCAUAAACUCGCUGAUUCUAGCCAACGCAGUGCUAUUUUGGCAGAAAUUAGAUAUUUGAUUGGUUCAUAUAAAAAGCAACAAAGGUCAGGAAAUCCCUCAACGCCUGCAACAUGGGAUUCACAGCAUCAGCCAACGAAACAUAAAAAGAGGAACAAGAAGCGCAAGAAAGAGGAGCUGGAGCACCAUCAGGCACAAGUCAACCAGCAGCAGCAGGCACAGAAUGAAAACAAGUUAAUCCAAGGAAAGCAACAUCAGCUGCAUCAACAAGAAAAUAAGGCGCAGGUGACAGAGCAGCAGCAGCAUAUGCAACCGCCAAGGCCAGCUACUCUUAAGCUUCCAACACCUGCUGUUCCUCUGGUUCUGAAUGUUCCUCAGAUCCAAAACUUUGGGCGCCCACCAUACGCUGCUGUGCCUGGAGUUCAGAAUUACCCUGCCCAGCCAGGUUGGCUUGUAGGAUUAGGAAUGCCAUUUGUACCGCAAUUCAGAUCACCUCAGUAUAUGGGUCUGACAUUUAAUCCCUUUGCCCUUCAUCCUCCGUCCUAUCCCAGAUAGUGUAGAAGUUCUGUCGUUCUGCAUCGACCGCUGAGUGAAACUAUAUAUGGUGAAGCGUAGAAGUUGUAUAUGAAACAGCCCUGUAUUGGUUCGUUCUGUAAGUGGUUUUGUGUUCAUUUGUUUUAUGUGACGACAGUUCUCUCGCAACAUGGUGUAUGGACAGUUGCCAAUCACUUGCAUCGAUUUGUUGAAUAUAAUUUUAUAGGGCAGGUUUUGUA